AUGGCAAGUAAGCGUCUUUCUAACUACCAGAUUCUUGAGCGUAUAUUAGAAGACGACGAAGAAAGCAUCAUAGAUAGUCCCGACGAAGAUGAGGGAGACGAUGAAGUGAUCCAGAGUGACCACAACUCAGAAUCUGAAGAAAGUGCCCAUGAAACCGAGUUAGAAUGGAGUGAUGACGAUAAUGAACCGCUGAGUAGACACGCAAGUAAAGAUUCUGAUAGCUUUUAUUUAUCAAAAAAGAAAUGCACAAAGUGGGCAAAAGAGCCGCCGCGUACUAGCGUUCGAGUUCGUAGACACAAUAUUAUGAGGGAAACACCAGGACCUAAGGGAGCAGCCAAGGAGAUACAUACAAUGUCAGAAGCAUUCUUUUGUAUGUUUUCAAUGGAUACUGUCAAUUUAGUACUGCAACAGACCAACGAUUACAUAAAAUCGAUACAAGGAAAAUUUCAACGCGAACGUGAUUGCAAAUUCCUAGAAUACGAAGAACUUUUGGCUUACCUAGGUUUGCUUUACAUGUCUGGUGUGCUGCGUUCAUCUCACUUGAACUUCAAAGAUCUGUGGGCUACCGACGGAACAGGCAUCGAGUUUUUUCAAAACACAAUGUCAUUCAACAGAUUUCUUUUUAUAUCAAGAUGUGUUCGUUUUGAUGACAAAAAUACUAGAUCUGAAAGGCAAAAAGACAGACAAACUAGCAGCAGUCAGAGAGUUCACUGA